UUUGAGCAAAAAAAACCCUCAAAACUAAAUCACACCCCUAAUACAAUAAAUUGAAUCUGCAUCCGGCAAUUCAAAACGGAACAAAGAUUUUAAUCGUAGAAUGAAAAGUACAAAGUAUCUAAAAAUUAUUUUAGAAUCAGUAACUUUUUUUUAUGAUAGUUAAGUAUCGUAGUUUCCUUAUUUCAAACUACUGUUGAUAGAAACUUAAUUAAUUUUUUCAUAUCGCAAUCGUGAGCAAAAUAAAGUAAAUCCAAUUAAUCCAAAAACAUGCAAUUGCUUUCGGCCAAAGCAACAGCGGUCAAAAAGUUAAAUCCAUCUGCGUAGUUUGCUUUCUGCAUGAGUGAGCAAAGCCGAAAGUUGCAUGGUCGCUUUUUAGCGCGCAAGUUUCAUCUUCGUGGCAGCGUGCCGCGAAUGAGACCGCGGACGUUGGAUCGCGUCGCUUGCAGCGCGCCUCGGUCAAGUGGCGAGCGAAAAUGGCGGCGACGUGCGGCCGCGGCGGGUGAAGCGUCAGUGAACCAUGAGAGAGACGCGCGUCACCAGGUGACAGCGAACACGUGGCCAAUUGUUACAAGAUGAUUGGCCGACGUUGCGCCCUUUUCGCCUUGGGCAUCCUCCUGAUCCUGGUCCUCGGCGUGAACGUCUACUUCAUUCGGAUGAUGGUCGAGAGUUCCUCUUCGCAGAGGAUCUACGCUAGGAAUGCGUUGGAACCGAACGCGAGGCAGGAUCAGUUCACGCCCUCGCGAUCCAACGAAAAGAAUUCGCAGCUGCAAUUAAGGCCGAUCGUGAGGGGCAUCGGCGAAAAGCUCAAGGAGGAGAUUCGCACGCUGCCUUCCAAGUACUUCAAGCAGAACACCAGCUACGUCCUUGUCCUGGAACGGUUGCUGGCGGAAUUGAGGAUAAUGUCGAAUGUCCGCGAGGACAUCUGGAAUAUUCCCAAUAACAAAUGGCCGGAUGCUCAUCAGUUGAUUCCGCCGGUUGCACCGGAACUGGGGACCGUUCUAGAGGUCCUGCGAAGAUCCAAUGUGGUUCGCGCGGAUAACGCUCCGUUGGGCACCCAACUGAAACUUAUGCUCGACCUGGAGAACGGCGUGAGGGCAUUGUUCAAGCCGCGAUGGUACUCCAGAAAUGCAAUAAUACGCGGGCCUGUGUAUCAGGGCAAAGAUCGCCACAAUGCCGAAGUGGUGGCUUUCCACUUAUCGUCCUUGUUAGCGUUACGCAGAGUACCACUUGCCGUUGUACGAAAACUUGAUCUGAUGGAGGAAAUUCACAACCGCGCGACGCCAGAGUUGUACGCGACCAUGUAUCAGGAGGGUAACGAUACGUGCCUGUACGGAGUUUGUCACUAUUGCUCGCCGGCGGACCCUGUCUGCGGCACGGGGAAUAUGCUGGAAGGUGCUCUCAUCUUCUGGCUACCACGAUAUUUGAAACUGGUGAAGCAUCGUCAUCCCUGGCAGCGGACUUAUAAGAAGAACAAACUCGCCGCGUGGGAAGUCAACGAGGCUUACUGUGAUAAGGUCGUACAUCGCGUUUUAAGAAUAUCUUUAAAUAUAAUAAAAAUAAUGAAAUGAAUAUAUAAUAUAUGAUAUAGCAAAAAUA